GGCUUGAUAAAAUAGUGCACUCUCGUCACACCGGAUGUUUUCCAUAUAAAUGUAAACACGUGCUGCUUGAAAACAGAAGUUAGGUUGAAGCUGUUUUUAAAACACAUAUUGUAUGAAAAGUAGUCGUCUAAUUAGUAAUAUUAUGAAGGCAGUGCGGGUAGCUCAGUUUGGAGGUCCAGAAGUGUUAAAAGUAGAAGAAAAUGUACCAAUACCAAAACCUCAAGAUAAUCAGGUUCUUGUAAAGGUAUAUGCAGCUGGUAUUAACCCUGUGGAUACCUAUAUCAGAAGUGGAACAUAUGCUGUAAAACCUGCCCUACCUUAUACACCAGGGAAUGAUGUCGCUGGUAUAGUAGAGAAUGUGGGGAAAAAUGUCACAACUUUAAAGGAAGGAGAUAGAGUAUUUUCUAUGAGAACAGUUACAGGAGGUUAUGCCCAGUUUUGUCUUACAGAGGAACAGUUUACACAACCUCUGGAUGAUAACUUAACAUUUGAACAAGGGGCUGCACUUGGUGUUCCUUAUUAUACAGCUUAUAGGGCCACAGUUAUAUCAGGUAAAGCGAGAGCAGGAGAAACUAUUUUAGUACAUGGAGCUAGUGGUGCAGUAGGAUUAGCUUGUGUUCAGUUAGCCAAGAAUUUAGGUUUGACAGUUAUAGGAACGGCAGGAUCAAAGGCUGGAAUGGACAUAGUGGAAGAGAAUGGAUGUGAUUUUAUAUUUAAUCACAGAUCUGAUAACUACACACAGCAGAUAAUGGAUGCUACAAAAGGUGAAGGUCCUGACUUGAUUAUAGAAAUGUUAGCCAAUGUAAACUUAGACAAAGAUUUAAAUAUGAUCAAGAAGAAAGGAAGAAUUGUAAUUGUUGGAAAUAGAGGCACUAUAGAAAUAAAUCCCAGAUUAACUAUGGCCAAAGAAUGUAUAGUAACAGGAAUCGUUUUGAUGAACUCAACACCAGAUGAUUGGAAGGAGAUGAAUGCUAGCAUACAAACUGGUAUGCAGAACGGCUGGGUUAAACCACAUAUAGGAAAGGAAUACAGUUUAAACCAGUCAGCUACAGCUCAUAAUGAUGUUAUAAAUAACACUGGUACCCAGGGGAAACUAGUCAUUAAACUCUAAUUAGGACAAUUUGUGUUUUAUAUUCAUGAACAUGUGAUUCAGGCUAGAAGCUUUUUAUGUUUAAAAUACAAUGUGAUUAAACUAAUAUGCAAUA